GCCGCACGCAGCCUUUGCAAGCCCACUGAAAGCAGUGGAACGGGAAGGCCGAUAGCUUUGCUGGUUACCGAGAGCUGGGCUUGAGCGGUAGCAUCUGAGCGGGAGUAUACCGGAAGAUCGAGAGCGGUACAAAGGCACACACGAGUCCUUUCCGUCGGAGCACCACACAUCACAUCAUCAGCUUUGGCUUGGUGUGGAAGGAAGCUCUCGGAGAGCGCAACGAGAGAAGACGGGGAGAGGGCGAAAGCACACGCAUCAUGUCGGAAUUCGCCGCACCAGAGGCGAAAGCAGAAUCCCCGCAAGAGGCGCCGGCGACCGCCCCCGCUCCCGCUCCCGCCCCAGAGUCUCGCAGGGGGCGCCAUGAUGUAAAGCAGGAGCACCUCGCCGUCCAGAACUUGGAAACUUUAGACCCGGCUGCCCUAACUCCGUUGACGCCGGAGGUCAUCAGCCGCCAAGCAACCAUCAACAUCGGUACCAUCGGACACGUGGCACACGGCAAGUCUACCGUGGUGAAGGCAAUCUCGGGAGUCCAGACUGUUCGCUUCAAGAAUGAGCUGGAGCGUAACAUCACCAUCAAGCUGGGGUACGCGAAUGCCAAGAUCUUCAAGGCUGUCGAGGGAGCCGUGCCGGGGCCAGGAAACUUCAGGUCGAAGGGGAGCCACCACGGCGACAGGUUUGAGGAGGACGGGAAGACGUGGGAGCUUCAGAGACACGUCUCCUUUGUGGACUGCCCGGGGCACGACAUCCUCAUGGCCACCAUGCUUAACGGCGCGGCGGUGAUGGACGCUGCGUUGCUGCUGGUAGCGGGGAAUGAGACGUGUCCGCAGCCGCAGACUAGCGAGCACCUUGCCGCCGUAGAGAUCAUGCGGCUCCAAAACAUCAUCAUCCUUCAAAACAAGGUGGACCUGGUGAAGCACGACCAGGCGAUGCUGCAGCACGAGCAGAUCCGCAAGUUCGUCGCCGGCACCGUGGCGGACGAUGCGCCCGUCAUCCCCAUCAGCGCCGUUCUCAAGUACAACAUUGACGUGGUGUGCGAGUACAUCAACUGCAAGAUUCCCAUCCCGGUGCGGGACUUCACGAGCGUGCCGCGGCUCAUCAUCAUCCGAUCUUUCGACGUAAACAAGCCCGGCGAGGAGGUGGAGCACCUCAGGGGAGGUGUUGCGGGUGGUUCGAUCGUUCAGGGCGUGCUGCGGGUAGGGGAUGAGAUCGAGGUCCGCCCGGGCAUCGUCACUAAAGACCCCGAGGGGAACGUUAGGUGCGAGCCGAUCUUCUCGAAGAUCUUGUCUCUGUACGCGGAGCAGAACGACCUCAAGUUCGCGGUGCCCGGCGGGCUUAUCGGAGUGGGAACCAGGGUGGACCCGACGCUCACACGGGCGGACCGGCUGGUUGGGCAGGUGCUCGGGCUUAAGGGUAACCUACCGGACGUGUUUACGGAGGUGGAGAUCAGCUUCUACCUCCUCCGGCGUCUGUUGGGAGUUAAGACGCAGGAGGGCGGCAAGCAGGCCAAGGUGCAAAAGCUUCAGAGGCAGGAGAUCUUGAUGGUCAACAUCGGAUCCACGGCCUCGGGGGGCAAGGUGCUGGCGGUCAAGCAGGACCUGGCUAAGAUUCUCCUGACGCAGCCGGUCUGCACGCAGGAAGGAGAGAAGAUCGCGCUCUCGCGGCGUGUGGACAAGCACUGGCGUCUGAUUGGCUGGGGGCAGAUCAGGCGGGGGAACAAGAUCGAGAUCCAGGAACCAGCAAAGUAGAUAAUCUAAUUUAGGAAUUUUGGGGGUUUGCCGCAUCGUUGGGGGCUACACGUGGCGGGGGGGCGGGGCGGGUCAUAUGCGGGGUAAAUCGCCGGAGAAGAGAGGGUAAAGAGAUGACCUACGUUGAGCAUCGAGGCGGCAAAUGGAUCUUUGCAGAGAUCCCUUCUCAUUCCGCCGCGUGUUUGUUUGUUCCCCUUUCUCUGCUCCGACCGGUCGAAUGUCUUGCACUCGACUUGCCUGCUGCCAUUGUUUUGUUCCCACUCUGGUCGUGUCAGUCUCUCUCUUCUAUGUCGCAGCGCGAGUUACGUCUCUUAGGCGAGAGUGUGUUGUCGUCCUGUCUGUCGGACCCCUCGUCUCGAGCGUGUGCGCGGGAGACUGACUGCGUACCCCUUCUUCUUCGCUCACAAGCAGAGUGCGUUGCGGAGGCAAAUGCUCGAUUUUGGCGUGCGUGGUGUUUCGAUGUACCCUGUUCCGAGCAUGUUCCCUCUCCGCUACCGUAGCAUGUCGUCGGCGCUUGUUCUGGAAGCAAGUAAUACUUCUCAGGAAAGCUCUCGACGAGAUAUUUCCAAAACCGCCCUUUCCGACAGUGGUAACCUCCUGGUUGCGGAGAAUUUACGCUUUGAAGAUAGCUUGCACCCCUGUGCUCUAGCUGACCCGCAACCUUACGGUGAUCCGAGUAGGUCCUCGAGCGCCGCGCGGGUUACCCGACGACGUCUCAUGAGGGUGAGUGUGCUGUGCCGCUUCGUGGGCUUGUCAGUUACGGACUGUCUCGUGAAGUUAAUUUCGCCGCCUCUCUUCGGUCAAGAAGGAAAAGAUUUCCCAGGCGACCUAGAGCGUGUUCGUGUCUAGAUUCCGCGAAACGGAACAUGCGGCGCGGCGGGUGGGGCUUCACUUCAGUUCAUUUGGGCCCCCGCUCAGUUCUGUAGGGUUAACCCUCCUUAGAAGAAAGAAGGGCGUUCUUUUUUUCGGUUUCCUUCUCGUGCUUGUUUUCGGUUGCCUGUCAUGCCCGUUCUGAAUCGCUGAAGAGUAUCACAGUAUCCGUUCUCUAGAUCUAUCUUUGGUGAUGAAACGGUGUUUUUUGGCCUUCCCUCGCCUGCUUGUUAGUCAAUCUUGUUUAUCUUGUCUGUUGCUCGAACGAGACUCGCGGCUUGGUUGAGCUGGGGCUAGGGAAUCACUCCCGGUGGCUUUGCAAUAGGGUGACGUGGAUUUGCCCUCGUGGCUCGCUCAUCAUGCCCCAUCUCGCGAGUAUGGGUCGUUCUCUCACGCGUGCUUUUGGUGUUGUAUAAGAUCGCAGGAAUCGGUUUGAGGCUCAAAAAAAAACCGAUAACAUCAAACACGACCAACUAUUACGGUGGAACAUAGU